AUGUCGUCCAACCUCACGGAAGAACAAAUUGCUGAGUUCAAGGAAGCCUUUGCCCUAUUUGACAAGGACAAUAAUGGGUCGAUUUCGUCCAGUGAAUUAGCCACUGUAAUGAGAUCGCUAGGACUCUCACCUAGUGAAGCUGAGGUAGCUGAUCUUAUGAAUGAAAUUGAUAUAGACGGAAAUCAUAAGAUCGAGUUCAGCGAAUUUUUGGCUCUCAUGUCUCGUCAGCUAAAGUCCAACGAUUCGGAGCAAGAGCUGCUUGAGGCCUUCAAAGUUUUUGAUAAGAAUGGUGACGGCUUAAUUUCUGCGGCAGAAUUGAAGCAUGUGCUGACUUCCAUCGGUGAAAAGCUUACAGAUGCUGAAGUUGAAGAUAUGCUAAGGGAAGUAAGUGAUGGCUCUGGGGAGAUUAAUAUACAACAAUUUGCUGCUUUGCUUUCCAAAUAA